AUGCCUCCAGGGAAAACUGAGGUAACAAUUGUUCCAUUCACCGAGUAAGGCAACCUUUUUUGUAAUGCUUCUUUUAGGUUUGAAUGGAAUAUAGUGAAGAAUAACCUCACAACGGAUAAUAUUCCGGUUCUGCAAGAUGUCCUGGAAGUGCUGAAUAUGUGGGAAUUCCGGUAGAUAUUUUUUUUUUCACGUUUAUUUCUAUUUAGAUCUGAUCCAUUAACACCGAUUGUAAUUAGACUCACCAAGUUGGUGGUGAAUGGUAUCUUAUUUGACAUGUCUAAUCAAGAUAGUAACCACAAUAUGUCCUACAACAAACAAAUGAUCUACAGCACAGUAAUGAUACGGUAAUGUGUACUGUUCUCUUUUAAUGUUAUAAUAUAGAUUUGUGAAUUAUUUAAACGAAAUCUGCCAAUCAGAGGACGGCCCUUUGACAUCCGUGGUCGCAGCAACGAGCAAAGUAGGACAAUUUGUGCAUUGAUCGUUUUUUAGAUAGGCAUUCCUCCCUGGAUCGUCCAAAUGAGACACAGUGUUGCUCAUGCUGAUCUCCCAACUCUAAAUGAACUCAGAAACGGUGUUCUUUUCUGUCGGAAUUGGCUGUGGGUAAGGUUAUAACACUGAUAACUUUGUUUUUGCUCAGGAAAUGCACUGGAAACAGCCAGUUGAGAUUGCGUUAACAGUUCCAGGGGCAGAUCCCCCCACUCAGAAGAAAGUUUCGGAUCCCUUAUUAGUAAACGAACUGAAGAGGUUAGUUACUGAUUAUUGCAAUGUCAUGACGAGCAAAUCAAAAGAUGCAGCCGAAAAAAAGGCCAAUGAAAAGAAACUUCAGAGUGCAAUGGAAGGAUUCAGAAAUGUGAUAAAAGAAGAGCCCCAGUAAGUGCAAAAUCACAUUUAUCAUGGUCAGUCUGUUUAUUGCCGGUAUCACGAAGAAGUUUGUUCUCUCAAAACAAAACAUGGAAAAGUCAAAGUUUCCGUAUAAUUGUUGUAAGUUCCUCUUCCGUUGUUUUUUAUCGGUUUAGCUGAGACGGAGAACCGAGUUUGGGAAAUUCCAACAGCUUUGGUCACCUUCUGGCAACAAUUGAUAGUCUUAUUAGAAGAUUGUAAUUGCUAUGGGAUGUUACUGACCAAGGUAUGUAUUAGUAGACGAUCUUUUUUAUAUUACUUUAGGUAACCCAAUUAUGCUCUGAUUCGGAUCUCAGCUUCUUCGAAAAGAGUCAAUACGCCGGUUGGAGUGCCCUGCUUCUUGAAAGGGUGUUUGUUAGUGGUAUGUGCAACUUCUUAAUAUUAUCCUAUCCCUUCAGAGAUCUCACUUUCAGAUUAUGAUCUCAAAUCUUUGAUAGGAAAUAUUCUGGAAGGACUCUAUUUCUUCUCAAAAAACGUUUUUAUUAAGUAAGGCUCACAUCUCUGAUAGCUUACUAUUUUAGACUACUUGAACUUGGGGAAAGGAUAUCUCCUGAGAAAAGGAAGGAAUAUAUAAAUUUAUGGGAGAUUAAAGCAAAUCCUAUGGAAAUCGACGAAGUUAGGGGAAAUGACGAUGAAAUUCUCAGCUUGGAUUCCCUCAUUAAAAAAUCAGGUAACUCGUAAAUCAUCUAAUAAACCUAUAUUCUCGGUAAUAGAAGCGAAACCACAGAAAAGAUAUGAAGAAUGGGAUCCCGUUGAAGUAAAAUCAAGUCUGGGCCUGACAGAAAGGCAGUCCGCCGAAACACUCAAUCUCAAGUUGUAA